UUAGACUACUGCACCGGGUUACACUAGUGUAAAAUUGAAAACAUCGAAGGGCGAUGCUACUGUUAGGUUUUGUCAGGACAGUGUGUUAUAAUGCAAGGAAUUGGCGGAAACGGGUAUCAGUUACGUGUAUAAAUAAUUUCAGAGGCUGGGAAUGCUUGCAACAAGCUCCAAACUAUCCGUAUCUAUAUUUCAGAAAGCAGCGUCUCUGUUUUUCCAGCACAAGCUCUGUAAAAAACAUGGAGGAAAUAUUAACGAGGACUGUGGAUUCUUUACCCACGUAUGAAACGAGAGAUAAAUCGCCCCCACCCCCCGAGUCCAGUAGUUUGGAGUUUAUACAAUUUUAUAGAAGUCUGGACAAAUCUCAGCGGCCUGAAUUUCUGUUCAAUCUUUCUUCAGAUUUUGGGGUUGACCAUAAGUGCGUGGCAGAAUUAUGUGCCAAUGUGAUGGACUCGCAGAAGAGGGAUAUAUCGACUGUGCUGCAAGCGGAGGACAGGUUACGGUACUGCUUGACUCCGAGAUAUAAAGUGCUGCUCAAUCACAUCAGCAGGGUGGAAGGCGGGGUGAAAUUUCUCGUGGACCUGAAAGCAGAUGUUAUUGAAAUCCUUGCGUCGAAAACCAAUGACAGCCCGCACAUCAGGGAUCUGAAUGGCACCUUGAAGAGCAUGCUGUCAGAGUGGUUUUCCGUGGGGCUGUUGAGCCUAGAGCGGGUCACUUGGAAAUCACCUUGCGAGCUCCUUCAGAAAAUUAGCCAGUAUGAAGCUGUUCACCCAGUUAGAAACUGGACAGAUAUUAAGCGCAGAGUGGGUCCUUACAGGCGCUGCUAUGUGUUCACUCACGGGGCAAUGCCAGGGGAGCCCUUGGUGGUUCUACAUGUUGCCCUGAAAGAAGAGAUCUCUGAUAACAUUCAGACCAUUGUUCGAGGAUUCUCUUCUCUGGAUGCUGUGGAAGACAUCAAUAAGGUUAAUGCUGCAGUCUUCUACUCCAUCUCUUCAACCCAGCCAGGACUGCAAGGGGUGGAGCUGGGGAAUUACCUCAUCAAGCGGGUCGUGCGGGAACUCCAGGGGGAAUUUCCUCAUUUGAACCAGUUCUCCAGCCUGUCUCCCAUCCCUGGCUUCACAAACUGGCUUCUCGGCCUCCUGAACGAGCAGAGGAAGGAAGGCCCCAGCAAUCGGAUCCUGUCAGACAUGGAGUUCAGGGACAUCGAGGAGAUCACUGGGGGGCAAGCGUAUGAGACCAUGCGGAAGCUCCUGAGCACCAACGAGUGGGUGAGUUCGGGGCAUCUUGUAAAGGCCUUGGAGCCGGUGCUCAUGCGGCUGUGCGCCUGGUACCUGUACGGGGAGAAGCACCGCGGAUACGCCCUUAACCCCGUGGCCAACUUCCACCUGCAGAAUGGAGCCACCAUGUGGAGGCUGAACUGGCAGGCUGACACCAGCCCACGAGGCCUCUCAGCCUCCUGCGGGAUGAUGGUAAACUACAGAUACUUCCUGCAGGACACAAGCGCCAACAGCAGCAGGUACCUGAAGACAAAGGAAAUCGAAGCUUCAGAUCAGAUUCGGAAUUUGGUUUUGCAGUUUCAAAAAGCCAGCAAGCUUUAAGUAACAUGGGUUACUGGUACACCCCUGAGAGUCUUUCAAUCCAUUCCAAUUCAGGACUUUAUUCCAGUAACUUCAAAUGGCAUAUUUUUAUGAUGUCUUUUUAUGAUGUCUGCAUUUACUCUGAGUGGUUCUUAAUGCUUCCUUAUUUAGUAAUUUGUUGGAGCUUGGUUUAAGUUGGUCUUUCUGCUGGCCCAAUCUACUUUACACAUAGAGAGGGAGUAGAUGGGACCAGCCAAGCUGAAAUGUUGUCACAUGAUUUGAAUGGAAUUGGGAAGUCUUGGGCAACUACAAUUUAACAGGCAAGCUCACAGACAGGUAAAGACAGAAAAAAUACUCAAUAUUGAAUCAACAGAACCCAGAACUGAAAUAAUUGCAAAGGGAAAGUUGAAAUUAAAAAAAUAAAAACAUGUAAGCUACUUACUAAUUCAUGAUUUAAUUGAACACCCACCUGGGUUUAGUUAAACGAUUAAAGGCCUGGUAGGAACAAGACUGAUCAGUUCAAUAAUGACAUGUUUGGAAUGGAAGGUGCUGAACUGGAACGGAUUGAAAGAAUCACAAGUGAGUGACAGGCAGUUGAAUCUAAGAGGUUCCCUGUUAUCAAUCACUGCCUGGCACCAAUAACAGCAAUGAAGGUUUUGGUUGCCUUUGACUGAAUCAUCCUGAAAUGUGUUCUUAUAUGUGCAACAUACCGUAUUUAAAGCUGUUUGCGGUAGGAGCUUGUAUACAGCUGGUAUUUCUAAAAAAGUAGUCGGAGAAAUAGUUUUGAUUUCCUAAUGAUUAUGCUGUUAAUUUGUAUUUAUAAGAAUAUAUUUUGUCCUCUAAGGCUAAACAUUGCGAUACAUGAGCUGCCUUUGCACUAAUUUCCUUUCUUGCUUGUAACUGGGGAAAGAAAAUGUUGAGAAAACAUUGUAUUCCCCAUUGGAAUAAAUGCCAUUCGAAUUCAUCCAUCAGGAUGAUUGUUUAAUGAAACUAAUUGGGAGGAUGUAUUACAGUUACAAAGUGUGAUUUCUGAACUGUUGAUCACGUACUGUAAUGUGUGUGUCAACUCACAUUAAAGCUGCAAGUUCUGUGCUACAUGCAAUACA